AUGUCUUUAAAAGCGAUACUCUCAUCGAUCAAGAAGACACUGCUUGGAACAACACCGACGACGAAUGAGGUUAUAAGAAAGAUCCCUAAACGUAGAGUAGCCAUAAUGUUAGGUUAUCGAGGAACAGGAUAUUAUGGAAUGCAAUAUAAUCCUCCCAGAGAAACUAUAGAGUCUACAUUAUUCAAUGCCUUGGUUUCUGUAGAUGCGAUAUCUGAAAAAAAUUCAUUGGAUAUAAGUAAGAAUGGAUUAAUGAGAACCGCAAGGACAGAUAAAGGAGUCCAUGCUGCUGGUAAUUUGAUAUCUUUGAAGGUUCUUAUGAAGGAUCCAAACACUUUAAAUGAAUUGAAAACUAAACUUAACGGUGUGCUAUCAGAAUCUGGAUCUGGAUUAAAAAUCUGGGAUAUUAGAAGAAUAAAUAAAUCCUUUAAUUGUAGGAAAGUUUGUAGCUCUCGAUGGUAUGAAUACUUGCUACCUGCUUGUGUAUUGGACAAUACUGUAACGAGGGGUCCUUUGAAUUUGGAUAUUUUGAAAAAAUAUAGAGUUUCUGAUACAAUACUUAAUAAAUUUCAAAAUGUAUCAAAUCAGUAUAUCGGAUCACAUAACUUUCAUAAUUUCACAGUGAAGAAAACGUCCACAGACUUAUCUUGUAAAAGAUAUGUUAAAAAAAUUAUAAUCGCUCCACUUGUGGAUAUGAAUAAUAUAGAAUGGAUAUCAGUUAGAUUGCACGGCCAAUCAUUCAUGAUGAAUCAGAUCAGAAAAAUGUUAUCUUUAGCAAUAUAUUUGACACGGUACGAUUAUCCUUCAUCUACAGUAAACUCACUUUUCGCUACAGAUAUAAAAGUGUACAUUCCUAACGCACCUGCUUCAGGAUUACUUCUUGAUUUCCCCAUAUUCGAUGCAUACAAUGAAAAAUUAAUCAAACUCGGAUACUCACCUAUCGAAUUCAACCAAUAUAGAAAGAAAAUGAAUGAUUUCAAAAAAAAAUAA